AUGACUUCUAACACUAGCUUCUUCUUCUUCUUCUUCUCUGUGUUCCUUGUAUCCUUGUCAUUGAUCAAUCAGCAUUGCCAUGCGGCCCGCCAUGUGUUGGACACCCAAGAGGGGGUGACCCCUCCUCCCGCCUCACCGACCAUCCCAAUAUUGCCUAAGCCUACAUUGCCACCAUUGCCUGCGGCCCAACUACCCACUCAGCCGACCGCACCUACAUUGCCUAAGCUUACAUUGCCACCACUGCCUGCAGCCCAAUUACCCACUCAGCCGACCUUGCCAAUGUUGCCUAAGCCUACAUUGCCACCACUGCCUCAAGCCCAGCUGCCCAGUCAGCCGACCGUGCCAACAUUGCCUAAGCCCACAUUGCCACCAUUGGCUGUAUCACAGUUGCCCACCCUGCCGGCCAUGCCAACAUUGCCUAAGGCAACACUGCCGCCAUUGCCCGUAGCCCAGUUGCCCACUCAGCCAACCGCCGGGCCAACAUUGCCUAAGCCCACAUUGCCACCAUUGCCUGCCAGCCCUACGAUCCCAACCAUGCCUAAGGGCACAUUGCCACCAAUCCCUACCAUCCCAACAAUCCCCACCAUCCCAAAAAUCCCUUCCAUUCCGACAGUCCCAACUCUCCCUUUCCUCUCUCUACCCCCAUCAACCACUAGCCCAUGA